AUGUCUUCCCGCGCCCCUUCAUCCGGCUGGGAUGCUCGGGGCAAAAAGCUGUCUCCUAUUCCGAGCAUAUUUUUUGAAGCUAGAUUUUUCCAAUCAUAUGAAAGCUUGAAAGAGAAUGCACGGAAAGUUUUAAUCGGAGGCGCUCCGACUGUUCGCCUAGUGGUGCUCCUUAAGCAGUAUAAACAGGCCCGGAAACAAGUAAGGACCCGACUUGAAUUCUGGCGGUUGAAUCAACAGGGAAUCCCGUACAAAGAUGAAGUGCGCCACAUUUUUCCCGUCCCUACAGUCCCCGAACUCCCCCUCUUUGUGACCCGAGAAGACGUCUUCGGAUCAGCCUUUAUCCUAGACGGUCAAAAUCCCCAUGAUCUCCUCCCAUUCAACCUGGAUAAGCUUUGCAGAAUUGCAACCAGGGCCUUUGAUCAUCAGGAUAUGUGGCCGAUGUAA